AGGGGAGGAGGAUGUGACGUAUUUCUCCUUCCUCUGUUAUUCCAAACUGCAGCGCGGUUCAGCAACUUGUUUUUAAUCACUGCGUAAAAUGGAGUUUGACGAAAGCGCCAUAGUGAAGCGAAGCGACGACCCAAAGCUGCUCGCAGAAGCAGAACUGGAGCAUUUGAUGAGUCUCCAUUGUGCCAAAUGCAACACGAUUCUGGCGGACUCUUUAGGAGUCUGCGGAGAAGUGAAAUGCAUCGAUUCCAUCAUGUGCACACGAGUGUCUGAUGAUGUGGUGGUGAGCGAUUCACUGGAGUUGGUGCGCAAAGGGGAAAUGGCUAACUGCGUGUGUUCCUUCCUAAAAUGCCGUUCAUGCAAAGUUGUCGUGGGGAAAGUCAUUCACGCUGCUCCUCCACAUCUGGCUGCCAUUCGCUCCAUCUUUCUCCUGAACAAAGGAAAACUGAGCUGUUACAUUCUCGGCGGCAGCUCGGUGGUGAAGGCCUCAUCGCUGUCGUUCGAUAUGAAGCCUCUUUCAGAAACCAUUAGCGAGGCGAGACAAGAGUUGGAAGAACAGCUGGGACUGAUGACGCUGACCUUUGGCCGACUAGCCGACGUGAGCAUGAACAGUCAAAGCACCACGCAGAGCUCCUAAGACGUUGUCCGUUCUCCCAUUCAUGGAAGAUGGCUCUGUCCUUCAGUGAGCCGUAUCCAGGUAAUGGACAGCCAUCUUUUACACGGCCGACUCCCGUCUUGGCAUAAGGUUCUUAUUCACACUUCCAUACAACCUGCCCCAAGUGGACCCGCUGUGAACCCUGCUAUUAGUAGACAUCUGACCUAAGCCACAAAUGCCGCAAGCCACUACAGCUUCAUAACUUUGACUGCUUCUUGAACGCGUUAUUUAACACCCAGCCUGCAAAGGUACUUCACAAAUAGUUGUAAUGUGGUCCAGUGUAAGAUAUCCAGGAGCUUUGUGGACUGAAAACCUUCACUUUAUACACUUUAUAGAUGCUUUGUUGGUUCUGUUUAGUACAUAGAUGGAGAUCUUUCAUUUCAGUGACCUGUAUGUUGUGGAUUAUUGCCACUGUUGAGGUUUUUGUUUAAAAUAAGAUGUACUAUCUACUCUAUUUAAAUAUUAUAAUGUACUUUCUUUUGUUGAGAAUGCUUUUAAGAGACUUGUAAACUUUUUGUACAUUCUGUUCUUGACAAUAAACUUCUAGAGUUUGAUGAUU